AUGGCUAUAGUAGUUUCUGUUCUGCUUAUUUUAGAGCAACACCCGCAACUUCAAGAGUUGUGUGAAAAACUGGAAAAGCUUGAUGAAAUAUUACAGGUUAGUUACGCCAGUAAAAGUCGGUUUAUGGUACGACUACCGCGGGUGUCCCAAAAAAAUACUGGACACUGUACAAGCUAUAAAUACUAUCGCAAUGAAAUUUAGAACAUUGCAUUCUAAAAGGACUAACUUAGAUUUUGAUAUAUAAUACUUGAAUUUACAUGCAAUAUUGAGCGAGAUAUAGCUGUUUGAAUUUGGAAUGCGUUUUAGUAAUUGGCUAAAACCCAAUAAAAAUUGGCUGUUUUAUGCUAAUUUUUGGCAUUUUCAAAAACAGUAGUUCAACUUUCAAACAUCAAUAGCGCAGUCAAACACUAAGUUAGUCCUUUCUGAAUGCAAUGAUCUUUAUUUCAUUGCGAUAGCUUUUAUAGCUUUUACGUAACAUGAAAUUAAACAGUGUCCAGUUUUUGGGGGGACACCCGAUAGUCGCAUACGAUUUUUAUUCUGGGGGGACUGUAUAACUGACCCCUGAUUUUAUAUUACUCGUCACUUAUUCAUGUAUAUCUCUGCUUAUAUCCAGGGUGGAAAGUUACGUAAAACCAACCUCUCUGGUUCAGUGGAAAGCGCUUUAGACAGUUUCAGUUUUCUUGACCUCACUGAAGUUGGAGUGAAACCCGAUCAUGAGUUGAGACCCUCGGACACGGGAUACUUCAGUAGUACUGAUGAAACACUGAAACCUGACCAGACAACAGCGGUAAGUAAGGUUGAAUACAUAGCCAGUGAGCUCUGUAAGUAACUGUAGUGACACAAUCUUUAGACACUAGAUACUUCAGUAGUACUGAUGAAACACCGAAACCUGACCAGACAACAGCGGUAAGUAAGGUUGAAUACAUAGCCAGUGAGCUCUGUAAGUAACUGUAGUGACACAAUCUUUAGACACUAGAUACUUCAGUAGUACUGAUGAAACACCCAAACCUGACCAGACAACAGCGGUAAGUAAGCUUGAAUACAUAGCCAGUGAGCUCUGUAAGUAACUGUAGUGACACAAUCUUUAGACACUAGAUACUUCAGUAGUACUGAUGAAACACCCAAACCUGACCAGACAACAGCGGUAAGUAAGCUUGAAUACAUAGCCAGUGAGCUCUGUAAGUAACUGUAGUGACACAAUCUUUAGACACUAGAUACUUUAGUAGUACUGAUGAAACACCCAAACCUGACCAGACAACAGCGGUAAGUAAGGUGGAAUACAUAGCCAGUGAGCUCUGUAUGUAACUGUAGUGACACAACCUUUAGACACUAGAUACUUCAGUAGUACUGAUGAAACACCCAAACCCGACCAGACAACAGCGGUAAGUAAGGUUGAAUACAUAGCCAGUGAGCUCUGUAAGUAACUGUAGUGACACAAUCUUUAGACACUAGAUACUUCAGUAGUACUGAUGAAACACCCAAACCUGACCAGACAACAGCGGUAAGUAAGCUUGAAUACAUAGCCAGUGAGCUCUGUAAGUAACUGUAGUGACACAAUCUUUAGACACUAGAUACUUUAGUAGUACUGAUGAAACACCCAAACCUGACCAGACAACAGCGGUAAGUAAGGUGGAAUACAUAGCCAGUGAGCUCUGUAUGUAACUGUAGUGACACAACCUUUAGACACUAGAUACUUCAGUAGUACUGAUGAAACACCCAAACCCGACCAGACAACAGCGGUAAGUAAGGUUGAAGGUUAAGUAUAUAGUAUGUGAGCUCUGUGAGUAACUGUAGUGAUAUAACCUUCAGACAGUAGUAGUCCAGCCUGUCCAGGGUGCGAUAAUUCACGUACUUACGUACCGGAGGUACGCCAAUAUUACGGUCUGGUACAGUGGUAAGGGGGAGGCUAUAUAAUAGUCGGAAAUGGGGGAAUAUAAAAUUCUAUAAUAAAUUAUAAUUUUUCGUUCCAACCCUUUCCCCCCUAUUAUUUUAUUCUAUUAUUAUUAUUAUGUUCCUGUAGGCCGCCCCGAGUGACCCUUCGCCAGUGGUUAACGGAGAAACAUUGGAACAAGCAGCAGAGCAAACAUUGGAGCAAGCAGUAGAGAUAGAAGAACAAGAUCAAGAAAGAAGGGAUGAAACAGAGUCUCCAUCCUUGCUUUCAUCGCAAGACAUUGGAACAGGUAUAUACUGGGUGUCUCCAAAAAAGCCCCCUUAGAAAUCACUCUUGUGCGUUAUUAUACCUUUGGAAAUUUAAUUUCAUUGUACAUGAACGGCGGAAGUAUUUACAACUUCCCUUCGUCCAAAUAAUUUAACUCUUCGGUUACACUUUGCGUUAACGUAUGAGUUGUUUCGACAAAUACUCGUUGUAGCCAGUUGAACCAUUCUGACUCGAGGGUAAGACGAAUUUGUAAUUUGACAUUUUUGUGUUGCUGUUCGUUUUAGAAGCUAUUUUAAAUUCCCAGAGGUUAUAUAACAACGCACGUUUAACAACAAAAGAGUGACUUCUAAAGGAGGACUUUUUUGGGACACCCUGUAUACAGUAGAUGUUUUAAACGUAUUUAAUGCGAAAAAAAAAGAUUCGCGCGUUUGCCCCAAGAGCAAGAUGCUCAUCUAGGGGGCUUACGCUAAUAAUAUAUAUAGAUAUAGAUUACAUUAAAAAGUUACAACAACACAAUACACACCACAAGAUAAUAAUUAAACAAAGUGUCAAACAUUCGACUAUAUACGUAAUAACUAGGGUCACAAAGCAAGUACAUACUGUAGGUUAGAUACAUAAAGAACACAUAUUGAGAAACAGACAAAAAGGUAUGAAAGGACAGUAAAUACAGAUUAAUAUAUAUUGACAAUUUAUAUGAAUAGUAUACAAAAACAGGCAAAAUAAGAUACACAGGGUGCCGUAUAACUUGAAAUCACAUAUAGAUGUAGUUUAGCAGAGAGUGCAUGGGUAUCUUUUUUCUUACAAUUCUUAAAAUUUCAGAUUGUGAAACGGAUACACAGUCGUAUUGUUCUGAUCUGCCCGCGGGUUCCACGGGAAUCAUAAUUAUUGAUAAGGUUGGUAUUUAAAAGUACUUAUAAAAGUGCAUGUAUAAUUUAUGCAUGAGUGCAUAUUAAGCCUGGUUCACACUGGCAAUUUUGUCGACGGAUGAAAAUGAGUCAACUUGCACACAAAAGUAUAGAGUCGCUUUUCAGAGGUAAACAAUUUUAAGUCUUUUGCAUGUCAUUCGAUCACAUUUGCCAGGAGAAAAAUCGCCGACAGAAUUGCUAGUAGAAUUAUAUCGCCGAGUAGAAUUGCCUGGCUUAAAGGACACAUGUUGACUUAUAUUGCUGGCCAGGCUAUGCAAUGUCUGAGUAUCGUCCAGUAUAAUAAUAAUAAUUUUUGUUGUGGUUGCUUAGGUUCUACAGCAACACCUGAAAUUUUGUCUCAGAUUAACAAAGGUAAGCUAAAACGUGUGUUAAAUAGAUAAAUCUUAUGUAUACCAUCUUUCAAUGGUUAUUUUUCUUCCAUCUUCCCCAGUGAGGCAAACACGUGCAGUAGAGUUUAACAGAGCAACAGUAGAACACACGAAACAGUACCUUGAAUCAGCGAGGCAGACAAUGUAAUCCCUAAAACUAAGAGGGAAGAGCCUGGGAAUGAGGUUGUGAUUGCCCCACAGCAAGAUGGCGUUUCCAACCCCGGAAAAGGCGUACUAUCUCAACAGUUACAAGAAUGCCGAAACCGACCAAAUGCAAAACCACAUUGCUCGGGAAAAAAUUAUUCUUUAGAAAUUUGUAAUUCAUUUGUCUGUUCUUCUUUCCUAGGAUUUCGGUUCGAUAGGUCCGCUGAAAUGUAAGGUAAUGAGGAAAAUUUCAACUACUUUUGUAUCUUAACCCAAAUGAAUGGCAGUAUUUUCCCCUUGACGAGUAAAGUCGUCUGGCGUUAGACAGAGUAAAAUAAUUAAGUAGGGCGCGUCAGGGCGCAUUGCCACUUAAUGGAUUAAUACUGGAUAGCUCUAUGUUCUCACUGUAACUGCAGGUAAACUGAAAAUACACAUCCUAGAGGUAAAAGACACAUUUACUCAGGGCAAAUCGUCAAAGCAAGCUCCUUUCACCUCUGAGUUCGUGGGUUUGAUUCUCGCUACGGACUCAUGUGAAAAGAGUCUGUCAACGCUCUGCCGAAUGUCGUGGGUGUUCUCCGGGUGCUCUGGUUUCCUCCCACAGGGAAAGUUGACAGGGUGGGUUAGGAUAAACAUAGUUAUUAAGAAAGUAAUAUCACAAUUGCUGUAAAGAUAAAAUAGUCUAGGCUAAGUAUGUAAUUAUAGGUAAGCGUAUUAUACUUGAAAAAUAUGCCUGACCACGGUGGGAAUCGAACCUACAUACGACCUUUGGAAUACUAGCCCAAUGUUGUGCCAACUGAGCUACGCGGUCAGGUCGGUUCGAGUAUGUGAUAUUUCGGAACUGAGUCUAGUUCCUUCGAUAUCAGUGUAAUCCAGUAAUCAUGAUUUUUUUUCUGUGUUGGUGUAAUGUACUCAGGUGAAUAUGAUGCUUGUGAUCGAAGGAACUAGAUUCUGUUCCGAAAUAUGACAUACUCGAACCGACCUGACCGUGUAGCUCAGUUGGCAGAGCAUUGGGGUAGUAUUCCAAAGGUCGUAGGUUCGAUUCCCACUGUGGUCAGGCAUAUUCUUCAAGCUUGCCCGGUGUGGAUAUACACUCAAAGUAACAUCACACAAGCAUCUUAUUCACCUGAGUACAUUACACCAACACAGAAAAAAUCGUAUUAUACUAAUUCUAAUCGUAAUCGGAGCUGCUCGCCGAGCUUUGAAUGACUGAUGUUCGUUUUAGCAUGUCAGAAUAGUACCGUCUCUACAGUACCUUUCAAAUGUUCAAAACUGAAAAUGUCGGUAGUAUGCAGCUUAUAAUCAAUGCAGAUGUAACUUUCCCAUACAGGAAACAUCAGCUGUCAUAAAACUGGAAUGGCAAUGUGGUAUCCUGGAUAAAUUGAUCGAGCUUGUUUACAGUAAACAACCUCCGCAUACGAUAUCAAAAGGUAACUAUGAAUGCAGUGUUUCAAAGGCUUUGUCACUGCUUCAGUACCAGCUGUUUCGCGUACAGUUCUAGGAUCUUCAGAAGUCCAAACUAUGUUGGGCUAUUCCAUUUAAACGAUGCACCCCCGCACCUGAAGAAUUCCUGUCGGAAAAGAGAUCCGUUAAAAAAUUCUUUGUUAAUAGUAUUUAAUAUUUACAUUUUACCCCUGAAGAAUUCAUUAGUAAAAUUUGCUUUUACCCCUGAGGAAUUCCAAGUUUCUCGAUAGGAGAGAGGGGUAUUAAAUGGAAUAACCAAUUUGCUCUAUAUUUCGAGAACAAAAAUACACGUAAAGUUUUAAUGUGGUCCAAUGGAUGAUUCGAGCUAUAGGCGAAAUUUUGAUCUAGACAAGAAAAACGACACCAUUACCAUAGCUGGAAAGAUCAUCUUAAAAUGAGUAAAAUUGCAAAGUUUGAUUGCGAAUUGUUGUAAAAUGAGGAAAAUAUAGCCCUGUGAAAUUCGCAAAUUUUUUAUAUAUUUGCAGUACGCGCGGGAAAAAUAAUCAUUUUUUGAGCCGAAAGUGGUUAUUUUUACCGCGCGUAAUACAAAUAUAUACAAAAUUUGCGAACUUCACGGGGAUAUAUAUUCUUCAUUUUACAACAUUUAGCAACCAAUCUUUGCUGUUUUGCUCAUUCUAAGACUAUGUGCACACGGUAACGUUUUCGAGCGUUUUCAUUUGUGUUUUCACGCUAAAACGGAUACAAACACUAUCAAUUUACGACAGAAGUUGUAGUUUAUUUAAUAUAUCCGAGAUAUUUUCCUUUGGGCUGUGCGAAUACGGCGUCAAAACGAUUUUACGGACAAAAACGUUUUUGAAAACGCUGCAAAACGACGCCUGUGUGCACAUAGCCUAAGACGCCCCUUCUAGCUGGAUUUUGUUCUUCUUGCCUUGAUCAAAAUUUAGUCUACAGGUGGAAUUAUUUAUUUAUUUAAUUAGCUUUGCCAACUAGGGCAGGGUCACCACAACAGCAUAUGCCAAUUACUGUGGGCCCUUUAAUCAUCCAUCAUCCUUUAAUCAUCCUUGGGAAUCAUCCAUUUAAUUUGAAUUUCAGUGCAAAAUAUAUCCCAUUCAUUUCAUACAGCAUACUCUCCACUGGCAGCGAGUGGCCACGAUGAGAUCUUACUCUUCUGGGCUGGAAACUGUGGAGAAAAUGUAAGAUGUCCCUUUGAAUAACACUUUGCCUAACAAGAGAGCCUUCCAGUCACCAUUCAGUUACCAUUUGGGUAACAGUUCUGUUCGUUAUGUCAUCCAGUCACACAUUGUUUCAAUUCCUUUAGCCCCUCUUUAUCGAAUGCAAAGACUUCAUGCAAGCUUUCAAAGAACAGUUCAAUUCGCAAGUUGAUGAAAGCUACAGUCGCAUAAUCGACCGACGUAAGUUGAUGGCUUUUAGGCUUAACUCUACACGCUCAAAAGUCUUGUAGCAAGUCUGCCAACAAGCCGUCAACAAGUUGUGUUCGCACUGCUUGUCCCAAGUUGUCAACAAGUUUGGAACAAGCAUUGACAACUUGUAACAACGAUAUUAUCAAACUUGUUGCAAGGUUGUUCCAACAGGUCCGAUACAGUCAUGAUAUAACAAUAUUGUUACAACCUUGUGUCGUGAACCUUGUGACAUUCUUGUUGUAUCAUGACUGUAUCAGACCUGUUAGAACAACCUUGUAACAAGCCUGAUAAUGCCAUCAAGCUUGUUACAAGUUGUUAACAGCUUGUUCCAAACUUGUUCCAACAACUGGGAACAAGCAGUACGAACACAGUUUGUCGACAGCUUGUGAACAGAUUUGUAACAACUUGUUUGCAGACCUGUAACAACUUGUGCGGUUUUUCGUGUGUAGAAUAUAUAUUAACAUUAACUUGAUGUCAUUGUUUCUGUAUUUCAGUAUACCCAGUGAUCACCACGAGAAUACUGGACGAAAAUGACAGUAUUCUUAAACCAAAUAAUGAUGAAGAUUCAGUCAUAUCUAUAUACCAAUUUACAGAUUUUUUCCUCAUUGACAAUAGGUAAGAAAUCAUUGUUUUACACGUGCGGGUCAGAUGUAGGUAGUGUUCGUCGAAUCCAACAUCGUCCGGCUUUUUUAGUCCAAGAAUGUUGGAUGAAAGUUUUGGCUGCAUGAUUUGGCCAUUUAUAUUGGUUCAAAAGUCGUUUUGGCGUUCCUCUCAAAAUUACUUUGUUUUAGCUUUAUUUUGUAAAUUACAAUUAGCAACCUUUUUAAAUGUAUCUGGCAGUUGAGAAACACUAAAUAAUAGUUAAAUAUUGUCAAUUUAAGUACUAGAUAAAACAUGAGCAGCCGAUCAUGAGCAGCAGCUCGAGUUUGUAUAUCAGAUACAGAUCGGAUGCGAAUCAUCAAAGCUGAAGUUUAUGUAAAUCAGGACAAAUCUUUAUCCGAUUUACAAACAUUGAUUAAACAUUCAUUUCUUUUGUAUUUUCCUCGUGAAUUAUUGAUGAUUUUUUUUAAAUACAAUUAUCAUUGAUACUGUAAAAUUGACGCCACAUUUAUACAGCAAUAUCAGCAAAACUUACUGAACUUCAGACAUCAUUUUCUCUUUGACGUACUAUCUAAAAUCUCUUCAUUUUAGCAGAAUUUUACAGAUAAAACACUAAACAUAUACUUUUUAAGUUUGUUUGCCGCUUGAGAAACGUAUCGAAAAACAGAUAGCUAAUCCAAGUGGAAAAGUAUACUCAUUAGUUUUGAGCGCGUGUUACGUAACAUACAAAAGAUUCUAUAAGCCUUACAAAGAACGGCUGUCGUCGUUAAACUUGCUACCAUUAAGUUACGAUAGAUAAAGCUUUAUUUGGUUUUAUAAACGUGAACUUGAAUAACUAUGUGUCGUUUGUCAGCCAUGGUCGUACUCGAUUGAGUCUUUCCUCUGAGUAUAUCCUUCAAAACCCACUGUGUAAAACUACCACUUUUCAAUCCUCCUACUACAACCGUAUUGUCAAUAUCUGGAACACUGUAUCUCAAGAAGUAUCUCUUGACAGUUUCUCUAGACCUAGUUCUUUUAAAUGUUAUCUCAAGCACAAAUAUUCAAACUUAGUUAACUCUAUUUACGACGCAGACGUGUCUUGCACGUGGUCUUUGACUCGGGACUGUCCUUGCCACAGGUCCUAACUGUUUAUUAACAUUAUGUAAUAAUAAACGUUUAACUUAAGAAUACCAUUAUAUGAUAUAUGAUAUAAACAUAACACAGCAUAAUAUAGUUUGUAAACCUUGAGUGGGUGCAUUUUACGAUUUGUACCAGUUGUUUCCCGCAGUUCGUUCAUUAAAUAGGAAUACAAUGCAUUGUGGGAAGCAACUGGGGGUUUUACUAACCCUCGAUUUUUAUGAGGCGUAUGCACCUCCGAGGUUUACUAGAACAGUAUAGAUUUUCAAUUAGAACAGUAAAUUUUUACUAAGUUUGGGCAGGUGCCUUGCAUGGUUCUUCGAGUCCCGUUUGCGCCUCGCCCAUUUAGGGUCUCCGAAUAAUUGACUUUAUAAUUAGACUUUGUACAUAUACUGUAGUGGACCCUAAUAAAGACAAUAAUAAUAAUAAUAAUUCUCCUUUUAACUUGUUUCCAUUAUUUCACAUUCAUGACUAAGAAUACGGGCCGAACGGGCAACUAAAGUCUAAUUUGGAGUUGCCUAGAUUACGAGUUAUUAUUAUCGUUAGUAAAGUUGUAUUUUUCUUCUUGUAUCAGAUGGAAUCUUGCACAGUUUGUCAAAGAUGUAGCCGAAGAAUGUAAGUUCUUGGAUGCUUUUAUAGUUUAUACAGUUUGUCCUCACAAAAACUCGUGGAUCGAAUUGUGUUUCAUUCAUUUGCCUAUCCGGUACAAAAAAUAUAAAAAAGCGCGCGAUUAUUUUUAAGUGUGCAUGAUUUUAUUUUUUCGUUUUCUCUCUAGUACUGACAUGUGCUCGUUUGAUAAACGAAGAAAAAGCAGUUGUUCUAACACAGGUAAGCUAAAUUAUGUUCCUUCAGCGAAGGAAAGAGAAGCGAUUUUUAAUCAAUGAUACAGUCGUUAGUUGCUGUUCAUUUUCAAACGUUAGUAUUAUCAAGUACACACGUUAAAAGUUAAACCGCACAAGUUGUUACAGGUCUGCAAACAAGUUGUUACGAAUUUGUUCACAAGCUGUCGACAAGUUGUGUUCGCACUGCUUGUUCCCAGUUGUUGUAACAAGUUUGGAACAAGCUGUUAACAACUUGUAACAAGCUUGAUGGCAUUAUCAGACUUGUUACAAGAUUGUUCUAACAGGUCUGAGGGCGCUUUCCAUUCAAUGGCCUGACCGAUCAGAUCUGAAUACUUUUCUCAGUAUCAAAGGAAAGAUCUGGUCUAUGUUUCUCAAAUGUCUAGCGAAAAUGGACCUCAUUCUAAUGUUAUCAAAAUUUUCCGGUUAGAUAGGUCUGACGCCCAAAUGUUUUGUGUUUCAUUCAACAAUUUGACCGUUCUGACCGGUUUGGCCAUGUUAAUGGAAAGCGCCAUGAUACUGUCACGAUAUAACAAGAAUGUUACAAGGUUGACGACACAAAUCGGAUUUGUUGGAACAACCUUGCAACAAGUCUGAUAAUGCCAUGAAGCUUGUUGCAAGUUGUUAACAGCUUGUUCCAAAAUUGUUGACAACUUGGGACAAGCAGUGUGAACUCAACUUUUUGACGGCUUGUUGGCAGACAUGCUACAAGAUGUGAGAUUUUUGUGUGUGUAUGUGAGGAUUGAAGGAAUGCGAAAAGGCGAGAACGGGAAAUCUGUCUAUCUUUUUAAUAAUCUAUAACUUUUAAUAAAUUAUGCUUUUAUCAAAUAAUACAAUAGUGCGUAAUUUUAUAUUUUUUCCAACACAGCUUCAGAUGUACAAUAAAAUACCAUUUCAACAGAGUUGUUGUGUAUCUGCUGCUAGGCUGCUGACCGAUUCUGAUUAUAGAGUUGCGGGCGCAGCAGGUAGGAAACCAUUUUUUUUUUUGCAUUAAUUUUGUAUUCUUCGUGCAUUGCUUUAUGGGACAUACAUGCUCAAUUGAAUUUGAAAUUCUAGGUGUCUAUUUCGAAACUCUUUUAAAAGACGUCAAUCGGAGAGCACAGGUAUGCCAGAUUGCAUUACGAUUUUCCAUUCUGCAUCAACUAGACUAACUUUAUUUAUACUCGAUAGCGCUAUACUGUAAUUUCUGUCUAGACUAUUAAGUAGAAUCAAAACUGGAAGUACUUUUCACGCAUGUAACAGAAGUGAUUAGAAUUAGAAUUAGAAUCUAUGACAGAAUUGGAAGGUGAACAGAGGUGAACGCAUGCUAUCCAAUGUGCUACCAACAGGAUUAUUUUUCAAACAUCUGCUCUUUAAUCAAUUCAGGCUGUAUCGUACUGUAUUGAAGCUUUGGAGGAUGGUGAUGAAGAUCUUCGAAUUGGAGCUUGUUGUGCCUUACAGAAACUUGAGGUUGGUGUUAAAGAGGGGGUACAUGAAAGAGGAAGGGAAUGAGGAGGGAUAGAGAUGGGGGCGAGGAAGGAAGUGAUGGAAGGAGGGAGAGAGAGAGGGAGGGAGGAAGGGAGGGAGGGAGGGAAGAGAAAGGAAGGAGGGAGGGAGAGAUGGGGGAGGAAGGAUGGAAGGGAGAAAAUAAGUGAUGGAGGGAGGGAGGAGGGCAGGGUAGGAGGAAGGGAGAGAGGGAGAUAGUAAAUGAGGGAGGAAAGAAGGGGGGAAAGGGAUGGAGGGAGGAUGGAAGGAAGGAUGGGGGAAGGUAGGGACGAAGAAGGGAGGUAGGAAGGGAAGGAGGGUGUAUUGUAGAAGGAAUUGAGAAAAAGAGGAGUGGAAGCUAUGCAUGAACGAAUGAAGAUAGAGUGAGGGUAAGAAAGAUAGAAGGAAAUAAGAAGUUUUCUUAUCUAUUUUUGUACACAGGGUAGAGAAGCGUGCGAACAUUUAUCGUUCCUGGCAAAAUGCGACACGGUUAAAGUGAAACAUGCUGCUGAAUCAGCCGUUUCUAGUUUCGGUAAGUGACAUGACUGAAGCCUGGUUUACACUGUCAAAGUUUCUGUGAUUACAGUAGGAAUUUUGCAUCGGUAAAUUAUAAAACUUCUGCCUUCCUUGACCACACCUACGUCAUGUAAUGUACACUAUAGUGGAUCGAUAUUAUAUGUCAAAUUCGCGAAGUGUCUAUUGCAAGACAUUUGCUUCAAAAUUAUCAUUUGUUUCGUCCCAAGGAACCGACUCUGAGCCGAGCGACGACGAAAAGAACGCGAACAUUUGGAAACAAACGACGGUAAUGUCUGACGUUUCGAAAAGUACGGAUUUUUAG